AUGCAGACUGAUCGCCGCUGGCAGAGCGACGGCACCGGGCAGCAGGAUUUGUAUGCGGUGCUAGGGGUGAGGCCGGACGCCACGCAGGAUGAAAUCAAGGCCGCGUACAAGAAGUCGGCUCUCGAGUACCACCCAGACCGCAACCACCAGCCGGGUGCGGAGGAGAAGUUUAAGUCGAUCUCGGCCGCGUACAGCGUCGUUGGCAACAGAGAGAAGCGCCGCGAGUACGACGCGCAGCGAGCGAUGUCGAGGGGUAUAGGCGGUGGGUUGUACAACAGCGGCAGCAGCGGCCGUGGUGCUAGCGGGCACUCUGCCGACUUUCCGGGCGGCAUGGACCGUGGCAACUACCAGUACCAUCAGAUGUCCAAGGAGGAAGCCGAUCAGCUCUUCCGUGAGCUCUUCGGCGGCAUGCGUGUCGACCAAAUUUUCCGCAACCUGGAGGAAGAGAUGCGGCUUGGAGGCAUCAAAGGAAACGGACUGGGUGGCCAUGUUGGCCGCAGUUUCCCGGACUCGGAACAAGCGUUCCGGCCCUUCUUCAGCAUGGAGAGUAGCACGGCAAACGUCUUUGUAGACGAGCACGGGAACCGUAUGGAGGAGACGACGUACACCGACUCUCGUGGCAAGCGCUUCACGGUGCGCCGCAUGAGCAGCACCGACCCAAACGCGAGUGUUAAUCAAACCACCGACGAGUUUUACCGUGGACGGCACGCCGGAAAGGACGGCCGCUACCGAUUCGGCAACGUCUCCUCCCAGUUCCAGCGGCCCAACAACGACUUUACGCAGAAUAUGCUCGGUGUCCGCUCUCACGGCCGCAGUCCGCUGAUGGCCUUCCUCAUCCUUGCCGCGUGGACAGUGAUACUGAGCACCCUUCUGUUCUGCUGCAUUGGUUUCCUUGCUCGGCACCCGCUGUUCUUUGCGUCCGUUCUGGUGUUGAUCCUCCUCGGCCGCGCGGCCCGCCCCUUCUGA